CAAGGGUACAAUGAAAACAACGCGAAGGGGUGAGUGUGCAAGAAAUAGACAGACUGUGACAUGAGUGGAAGUUACAGGGAAUGCCCUCCAUGAAUCAUAUACUCCCUCCAACACGUUCGCUGAGAGAAGAACGCGUAUGACGUGUACAAGUGUCACUGCCUCGUGUUAGGAGAGACCCCCGCUUUCUUUGCGGAGGUUAUUUGCUUGACCACCGGGUUUCUGUUGGAAAAUCAAUUCUGGAGAGAAAGGAGAAACUACCACCACAGCUAUCUAAGGGGGAAAAAAAAGGAAAAGAAAUUUUCUCAAAAAAGUCUCGCUUCUGUUCUCUUUCUAUCUUUACGCUUGCUUCUCUUCUCUUUUCUCCUCUUUCUCCCUAUCCAAAACCGGGUGCAGAGUGUAUUCGCUUGCUGAUCGUCCACUGAGAUGCGAUUUUUAGUGAUUCGCGGAUCAAGUGAUGACUACGAACAAGAACACAAACACAGAAUUGUCUCAGGGAGAUGGCGGUGCUGCUCAACCUCCUGCGGGAACUCCGCCGCAGGGACAGUCUGAAAAUGUUGGUUCCCGGGCUGGGAAUACGGUUUUCAAGAGUGGGCCUCUUUUUAUAUCAUCUAAAGGAAUUGGUUGGACAUCCUGGAAGAAGCGGUGGUUUAUUCUUACACGAACUUCACUGGUUUUCUUCCGAAGUGAUCCAAGUGUUGUUACUCAAAAAGGGAGUGAAGUGAACUUGACUCUUGGUGGUAUUGAUCUCAACAAUUCAGGCAGUGUGGUUGUGAAAUCAGACAAAAAACUUUUGACUGUUCUCUUUCCUGAUGGUCGUGAUGGGCGAGCUUUCACUCUUAAGGCUGAAACUUUAGAAGAUUUAUAUGAGUGGAAGACUGCACUUGAGAAUGCUCUGGCAGGAGCACCAAGUGCUGCUCUUGUGAUGGGGCAAAAUGGUAUCUUCAAGAACGAUCAGAAUGAUGAAAUUGAUUGUUCUUUGGACCAGUGUGCGGUAACGUUGAAGGAUAAAGUGCCCAAAAAAGCUAUGGUCAUUGGCAGACCAGUUUUACUUGCUUUAGAAGAUGUUGAUGGAUCUCCGUCUUUCCUAGAAAAGGCUCUUAGGUAUAUAGAAGAGCACGGAGUCAAGGUGGAAGGAAUUUUACGUCAAGCUGCAGCUGUUGAUGAUGUUGAGCAUCGAAUUCAGGAAUAUGAACAAGGAAAAUCAGAGUUCUCUCCAGAGGAAGAUGCACAUGUGAUUGCUGAUUGUGUCAAGUUUUUCCUCCGUGAGUUGCCAUCCUCUCCAGUCCCUGCAUCUUGCUGCAAAGCACUGCUAGAAGCAUUUCGAAAAGAUCGUGGCAAUCGAGUUAAUGCCAUGCGAGUAGCAAUAUUAGAAACCUUCCCUGAGCCAAACCGUCGCUUAUUACAAAGAAUUCUGUUGAUGAUGCAAACUGUGGCUUCCCACAAAGCUGAGAAUCGAAUGAGCACUUCAGCUGUUGCUGCUUGUAUGGCACCUUUACUUCUGCGUCCCCUUCUAGCUGGUGAGUGUGAAAUUGAAAAUGAUUUUGAUGUGGGAGGUGAUGGUUCUCUUCAACUUCUGCAAGCAGCUGCUGCAGCUAAUCAUGCUCAAGCCAUUGUUAUAAUAUUAUUGGAGGAGUAUGAUAAGAUAUUCAGUCUUCUUCAGGAAGGAAUCAUGUCCCCUGGAUUAUACUCCGACUCAGACGAGUGUGAAAGUGAGGAUGAGGAGGUAACAGAUGAUGAUGAAUCCUAUGAAGAUGAUGAUGAGGAUGAUGCAUCACAAGAGUCUGAUGCAUAUUCAGAUGAUGAUCUUGGAAAUGCAUCAACUGGAACUGACAGUGGUGAAUCAGAGGACAAUGAUAUAUCUCACAGUAAGGGUGAUGAUCAUAGCCCCGAUUCCAAGUCCGCUCAAGUAGAUAAUGAUUGUAGGGUUGAAGAAUUGUCAAAUUCAGUUCAAAUUUCAUUACCCUCACAUCAUGAUGCAGAAAAGAGUGAGAAUAUUCAGGGCCAAAGUUACAAUAAUUUGGCUACUCAAAUCAUUGAGUCACAUGAAUUAGUAGGAGAUUUCCCUGGGGAAACAAAUUUGGAGAACAUGCAAACUGGUGAUCCAUCUGCAUAUAUCUCUGAGUUUAUAUUACAAGUAAUAGCUAUUUCUGAUCUGAUAUUCUUUUUCCCCCUUUACUUUUGGACUGGAGUUCAGGCAAGGAAGAAUGUUUCUAUGGCAUCCACUGAUUACACUUUUGAUGACGAAGUUGAAAUCCAGAAGCUGGAGUCUGCUAAAAUUGACUUGCAACAUAGAAUUUCUGAAGAGGUUAAAGUUAAUGCAGUUUUGCAAGCCAACUUGGAAAAACGAAAGAAGGCCUUGCAUGAGCGCCGUCUAGCCCUUGAGCAAGAUGUGGCAAGACUGCAGGAAGAGCUGCAAAAGGAGAGAGAAAAGAGGAUGAUUCUGGAAGCAGGACUUAACGAAUCUCAGGCACACCAAUCUGUUCCAGCUAUUGUUGGGGAAAAAGUGAAGAAAGAGCUUGAGGAAGUAAGUCAAGCAGAGGCAGAUGUCAAUAUGAAGCAGAAGGUUGAUGAUCUCAGUGUGCAGCUGAAUCAACAGUGCGAGCAAAACCAUGGCUCCACGCGUGAUUCAAGCAAUCAGCCAAUGCAUACUUCAAACCAUCAAGCAAAGUGGAAAGAUAAACAGAGAGAUACUGAAGCUAAUGCAACUUCAAAUGUUGGAAGGUCUGCAAAUAAGGAUACUUGUGCAGACAAAUCAACUAAUUUAUCAAACAAGACUCCACCUCAAAGCCAGCAGCCAGAUCCAGCACGUAGUAGCAACUCCAGGUCUUCAACCAAUUCCAAAAAGUCUAGCUCAAGGAUUGAGGGAUUGAAUUCCACAACUUCUGCACUGACAAAGUUGACAACCAGACUCAAUUUUUUGAAGGAACGACGAAGCCAGCUUACCAGUGAACUCCAAAAUAUGGAUAAAGGUCGAGCUUCAGGUCAAGCAACUACAACUAGUAAAGUUAGAGGAUCAGAGGUCCGUCAAUCACCCCAAAUCCCUGAGAAGAGCCAAGGUUCAGAAGUUCAUUCUGUUCAAAAUCCAGAAAAAGGGCUGGGAACAGAAGGUCAAUCACAUAAAAAUUUUGAAAAAUCUAGAAAAUCGGAUAAUCUCCAAGAUGGAGGAAAAUCUUUGGAAAUCAACAUCCCCAAGAUCUAGACAAAGGAAAAUCUGAAGGCCAUGGAUCCCACAAUUCUGGCAAAAUUAAAGGAUCAGAAGCCCAACCUCAGGCAACUCCAAGAACCAACCCCAGAUGAUACUAAAUGAGUGAUCAUUUAUGUGCACUCACAAGCAUUGUUUAUGUCCUCAGCAAUUUGUGUAGAUAGAUCAUGGCACUUGGUAAUAGGAUAGAGCAAUGCGUCAAAGUACUUGGGUGUCCAUGAACCCCACCACCAGCCGCGCCACACCAAACACCCCACUAACCCCGGGCCCAGGAUGUACAUAUCAACCAUCACCUUGAUGUAAGUCGAGUCGUAGGCUGAAUUGCUUGUAAGUUAAAGUUAUUUGCUGGUUUAGAGACCAAGCAGUAUUUCUGUUGCAUCCUUUGCAUGGGUGAACUUACUUUUUAAUGUAAUUGGAGUUGCUUGGCCACUGUGAGCUUGCAUGACCUGGAAUCAAGCCUCCACCUAUUGUCUUGAGGGUCUAAUUUUGAUUCAUCGGUUGUCCUGCAAAUAAUUUUGAUUAGAUGAAUUUCAUUACCCAAUUUUUUCUGCAA